AUGGCAGAGCUGCCAGUGUCGGAGACGCCCAGGGACCCUGCUCUGUGCAGUGGGCGCUUCACCAUCCGCACGUUGCUAGGGGGCGAGGAGCCCCCCCCACCGGCCGCCCAUGACAGCAGCCACCCUGGCCACCUGACGCACGGUCACACCUUCUACAACCGCACCUUUGGCUACAACACUGUCGAUGUGGUGCCCGCCUACGAGCACUAUGCCGACAGCGCCCUGCCCGGCGAGCCCCGGAAGGUCCGGCCCACGCUGGCCGACCUGCACUCCUUCCUCAAGCAGGAAGGCAGCCACCUGCAGGCCCUCGCCUUUGACAGCCGGCCCAGCCAUGAGAUGACUGAUGGGCUGGUGGAGGAUGAGGCAGGUACCAAUGGCGAGAAGAACCCUGAGGAGCCUGUGCGCUUUGGCUGGGUCAAAGGGGUGAUGAUCCGCUGCAUGCUCAAUAUCUGGGGUGUGAUUCUCUACCUGCGGCUCCCCUGGAUUACCGCCCAGGCGGGCAUCGUCCUGACCUGGAUCAUCAUCCUGCUCUCGGUCACCGUGACCUCCAUCACGGGCCUCUCCAUCUCUGCCAUCUCCACCAACGGCAAGGUCAAGUCAGGUGGCACCUACUUCCUCAUCUCCCGGAGUCUCGGCCCAGAGCUCGGCGGUUCCAUCGGCCUCAUUUUUGCUUUUGCCAACGCCGUGGGCGUGGCCAUGCACACUGUGGGCUUCGCAGAGACUGUGGGGGACCUGCUCCAGGAGUAUGGCUCGCCCAUCGUGGACCCCACCAAUGACAUCCGCAUCAUCGGCGUGGUCACCGUCACUGUUCUGCUGGCCAUCUCCCUUGCUGGCAUGGAGUGGGAGUCCAAGGCCCAGGUGCUCUUCUUCCUCGUCAUCAUGGUCUCGUUUGCCAACUACCUGGUGGGGACGCUGAUCCCCCCAUCUGAGGAGAAGGCCUCCAAAGGCUUCUUCAGCUACCGAGCGGACAUUUUUGUCCAAAACUUGGUGCCUGAAUGGAGAGGCAUGGACGGCAGCUUCUUCGGGAUGUUUUCCAUCUUCUUCCCCUCGGCCACUGGUAUCCUGGCAGGAGCCAACAUCUCUGGGGACCUCAAGGACCCUGCCGUAGCCAUCCCCAAGGGCACGCUUAUGGCCAUUUUCUGGACCACCGUCUCCUACCUGGCCAUCUCGGCCACCAUCGGCUCCUGUGUGGUUCGAGAUGCCUCUGGGAGGCUAAAUGACACGGUGACCCCCAGCUCAGGCGCCUGCGAGGGGCUGGCCUGUGGCUAUGGCUGGAACUUCACCGAGUGCAGCCAGCACCACAGCUGCCGCUACGGCCUCAUCAACUACUACCAGACUAUGAGCAUGGUAUCAGGCUUCGCGCCCCUGAUCACAGCCGGCAUCUUUGGGGCCACCCUCUCCUCUGCCCUGGCCUGUCUUGUCUCUGCCGCCAAAGUCUUCCAGUGCCUGUGCCUGGACCAGCUGUACCCGCUGAUCGGCUUCUUCGGCAAAGGCUACGGCAAGAACAACGAGCCGGUGCGCAGCUACCUGCUGGCCUAUGCCAUCGCCGUGGCCUUCAUCAUCAUCGCUGAGCUCAACACCAUCGCCCCCAUCAUCUCCAACUUCUUCCUGUGCUCCUACGCCCUCAUCAACUUCAGCUGCUUCCACGCCUCCGUCACCAACUCGCCUGGGUGGAGACCCUCGUUCCGAUACUACAGCAAGUGGGCAGCGCUGUUUGGGGCGAUCAUCUCCGUGGUCAUCAUGUUUCUGCUCACCUGGUGGGCGGCCCUCAUCGCCGUCGGUGUGGUCCUCUUCCUCCUGCUCUACGUGAUCUACAAGAAGCCAGAGGUGAACUGGGGCUCCUCGGUACAGGCGGGCUCCUACAACCUGGCCCUGAGCUACUCUGUGGGUCUCAACGAGGUGGAGGACCACAUCAAGAACUACCGCCCCCAGUGCCUGGUGCUCACGGGGCCCCCCAACUUCCGCCCGGCCCUCGUCGACUUUGUGGGCACCUUCACCCGGAACCUCAGCCUGAUGAUCUGUGGCCACGUGCUCAUGGGCGCCCACAAACAGAGGAUGCCUGAGCUCCGGCUCAUCGCCAGCGGGCACACCAAGUGGCUGAACAAGAGGAAGAUCAAGGCCUUCUACUCCGACGUCCUCGCCGAGGACCUCCGCAGUGGUGUCCAGGUUCUCAUGCAGGCUGCAGGUCUCGGGAGGAUGAAGCCCAACAUUCUGGUGGUCGGGUUCAAGAAGAACUGGCAGUCGGCUCAGCCGGCCACAGUGGAGGACUACAUUGGCAUGCUGCACGACGCUUUUGAUUUCAACUACGGUGUAUGUGUCAUGAGGAUGCGUGAGGGCCUCAACAUCUCAGAGGUGAUGCAGGCACACAUUAACCCUGUGUUUGAUCCAGCAGAGGACAGCAAGCAAGCCAGGGCCGGCGGGGCCCAGCUGUCUGUCUCUGGCACAGUGGACCCCGAGGCCUUGGGGCAGGAGGAGCAGGCCAGCACCGUCUUCCAGUCGGAGCAGGGCAAGAAGACCAUCGACAUCUACUGGCUGUUCGACGACGGAGGCCUCACCCUCCUCAUCCCCUAUCUCCUCGGCCGCAAGAAGAGAUGGAGCAAAUGCAGGAUCCGCGUGUUCGUGGGGGGCCAGAUCAACAGGAUGGACCAGGAGAGAAAGGCGAUCAUUUCUCUGCUGAGCAAGUUCCGGUUGGGAUUCCACGAAGUUCAUGUCCUUCCCGACAUCAACCAGAAGCCACGGGCUGAGCACAUCAAGCGCUUUGAGGACAUGAUUGCACCCUUCCGCCUGAAUGAUGGCUUCAAGGACGAGGCCACAGUCACUGAGAUGAGGCGGGACUGCCCCUGGAAGAUCUCAGAUGAGGAGAUUAACAAGAAUAGAAUCAAGUCCCUGCGGCAGGUGAGGCUGAACGAGAUUCUGCUGGAUUACUCCCGAGACGCUGCUCUGGUUGUUAUCACCCUGCCCAUAGGGAGGAAGGGGAAGUGCCCGAGCUCGCUCUACAUGGCCUGGCUGGAGACGCUGUCCCAGGACCUCAGACCUCCUGUCAUCCUGAUCCGAGGAAACCAGGAGAACGUGCUCACCUUUUACUGCCAAUAGCUUCGGACUUGGCUGUACCUGCCCAAAGCCUGAGCGCAGGGGAUGCCCACCUGUCCACGGGCACAGAAGGCGGACCCUGUCACAUGUAGCAUCUGAUAAUCUGAUGGAAGAAGUUGGUAGAUUUUCAAACACCUGCUGGACCCCACUCCCAUCGGGCGUGUGCUCUGUGUUUUUUAUUUUAUGGGCUAAAGAAGUAGCAGAUAGAGUUGUCUGCUCUAUCUGGUGGGUCCAUAUCCCUUUUAAGUUUUCUUUUGCUCUUGAUUACAACAAAUUAAGAUUUCAGUCAUUGAUUUGUGUACAAAUUUGAGUCAGACUGCUGGAUGUGAAUCUUGGCAGUUUCUACGGACCUUUCCUGGGAGCACCGCCUAAACACGCCUCCCCCUUCCAAUGUCAGGCAAGUGGGCACCCCACAGCACCUGCAGCCCUUACAGGAGGAAUGCAGGGCCCCUUGAGCCUCCAUAAUAAUGCAGAUUUAUUUAACUGCCCCUCACUUCCUUCACUUUCAAUAAUGUGUCUAAAGUGUUUUGGUUCUUUGGUAAACUGGGACUUUCAAACUUUUCUAGAUGGCAACCGAUGGUAAGAAAUCUAUUUGACAUUGAGACUGGGAACAAAUACAGUGAAAUGAAAGUGUCACAAAACAAUCCUUAUCCUUUGCUGAGAAAGACAGUGCUUCUGGCUGAGCACUUGGAGGAGGGAGAGGGGGCUGCCUUUGGGCCAUUCAAUGGCCUGGGACCAACUCCCACUCCAGAUUAGGCAAAGCCUUUCUAGAGCCACAUGGAAAACCACUUCCUGGCAAAUGGUUGCUCCCUCUUCUGACCUCAAGGAGACUCUGAUCCAAGAACAGAGAAUGCUUUGACUUCGGGAAUUUAAAUAAAACACUUCACCAUGUUGGAAUCUAAAUUUUGAAUAAUGAUAAUAGCUUUGUUUUUAAAAAAAAAGCUUUGAGUUAACAGUGAGGUCAAAAACAAUGAAAUGAAUUAAAAAAUACAUUUACUCAGUCAACAGAAUUUAUUUGUUUUGGAACAGGCUGUUUCUCAACUCUGCUGAGUGUGUUGGAAAAACUAACUAUAUUGUUUUUUCAACCCUGGAUUAAACUUUUCUCUGAGCUUCCACUGGUCUUGUAGGUCAUAGUGCCAGAUUUCUACAUGGUCGUU